AUGCAAAAAAUAACAGGAUCAGGAGUGAUGAUUUUUAUAAAGGAUAAAGAUGAAACAUUAGUUUUAUUACUUUAAAACAUUCGAAAGAAAUAGAUGGUUAUGAUGGAACCUGGAGGGAUUUAAGAAGUUGGUCUUUCAUCAAUGAGUAAUGCAUUAAAAGAAUUAUAUGAGGAAACAUUUGCAGGAUUAUCGAAAUCUGAUUUAGAUGAAGAUCAUAAAGUUAUUGUAAAUUUUGAAUACUUGUGUUAUGCAGUUCAUAUUAAGAUAAAUGAUUUAAAUUUUUUUAAAGAAGUUUUGAGUAUGAAUUAGAAAACAUUAAAAAUGUCAAAUAAUAGAUAAUUACAUUCAUUUAAUGAAUGCAAGGGAUUUAUUUUAUUUAGUUUAAAGAAGUUAAUGGAUGUGAAUUUUGAGUAUAUUUAAAAAGAUAAUGAAAAGAUUCCUGUACAUGUUAGAACUAAAGGUGCUUUGAAAGAAUUUUUAAGAAAAGGAGUUAUAGAAAAGGAUUUAACAAUAAAAUUACCAUUAUUUUAAUGUUCAUUAGAUAAAAUAAGAAUAAAGAAUACAAAAUCAGCUUUAUAUGUGUUAAAUAAUUAAUAUACUUAUAUUAUACAUUGA